AUGGACCGGAGCCGGGAGGCGGGUGGGAGGAGCCAGGUGCGGCCCCGCCUCCUUCUGCCGUCUCCUGGGCUGGCCUGGGCCCGCCCCUCCUCACUCACAUCACCUGAUAGGAGGAAGCAGGUGGAGCCUGGAGCUUAUUUCCGCCCCGGGGCCGUAAAAUCCUCAAAAAAGGGGAGGGGGGCGUCUCCCUCCCCGCCACUCCAGCUCGGGGCGGCGCGCACGCCCUGCCCUCGGCCCGCCGCGCGCCCCGGGCGCUCGGGUCCCGGGCCCCCGCCCUGUCGAGUUACUCAGGCCCCGCGCGCAGGGCGGAGCGGCGGGCCGGCGGCGCAGGUGGGGAGGGGCGGCCGGGGCGCGUCGGUGACACCCGCGGGGGGGCGGGGAGGCGCGGCGGCCGCACCCCGUCCUGGGAAGAAACCGGCCAGGUGUGGCUUCGGCGCCCGGCGCCAGCGGGGAGGAGACUCGCGCCCCCGCCGACCAACACCACCACCCGCCCGCGACCCGGCUCCUCUGCGCCCGCGCCGCGCUGCGAGCCGCAGCUCCCGCUCCCGGUCCGUCCCCGGCGCCCGACCCCCGCCCGCCUGCCGCGCUCGCAGCGGCCGGGCCGGCCCCAGUGGAGAGGCGCGUCCUCGCGAUCCUUCUGCGUCCCCGGCUCAGCCCCGGCGUGGGGCUUCUCCCUGGAGCCCCUAG